AUGGGUGGAUGUGUAAGUCAUGAUCAAGACAAUCAUCGACGACGAUCGCAUUCAUCCAGAAGUAGUGCAACAACAAGCGGAACUACUGCACGAAACAAGCCAUUGAAUCGGUCAGCUUGCCGUCCAAAAUGGAAAUCAGAUGUCCCAAUAACCGAGAGUCAAUUACGUCGUAAACGAGAAGAGUAUUGGGACACGGCUCCAGCUUUCGAAGGUCGAAAAGAAAUUUGGGACGCUCUUCGUGGUGCGUGUUUUGCUGUAGAACAGAGCGACAUUGAUUUAGCUCAGUCAAUUAUCAAUUGUGCAAAUAUUUCCUUGCCACAUGGCACACUGCUGGAUUGCUAUGACGAGCUGGGCACUCGUUACCAAAUACCGGUGUAUAUCUUAUCAGCACCAAUAAACUUAGUCGAUGGUGAGCAAUCAUCAAUUAAUGAGAAUGAAUCCGGUGCAAGCGAAAUCGAUCUGGCUGCUACAGCCGUUGCUGAUCGUGAACGUGACUUUCGUGACAAUCAAAGUACACCAACCCUAAGUCAACAUCGUACAUCAAGUAAAUCACCGUCAGGAAGUGUUCACAAUCCAAUUGUUCGUGAAAUCAAAAAGCAUCGACGAAAACAAAAGUCACACGUUGACUCGAGUGGGAAUGAAUCAUCGUCAACAAAUACACCGACACCACCAGUACUUGCCAAUCAACAACAAACAAACAAUGACCAAGAUGUGGAAAUUCCGCUCAAAUUUCGUCUAUCGAAUGGUCGUGAACAUCGCCUUUAUUGCAAAUCAAAUGAGAAAAUUCGAAAUAUCAAAAAAAGAUUAGCUCUGUUAGAGAACGGAACGAUUGAUUCACAAACACAACGGCUAUUUUUCGGUGGAAAAUUAUUACGUAAGUCUAGUUUUAUCUAUUUACCCACUGUUUCCCAAAACGACUUUCUUACAGGCGAUCGAACAACUAUCGGUGAAACUCGUCUACAACGUAGUUUCGUUGUACAGGUCAUAUUACAAGAUCCUCCUCUGCCACCUAAUGGUGCAAUAACGACAACUAGUCAUUUAAUGACUACCAAAGAUCAUGUAUUGUAUUCUACACCGGUAGAAUAUCCUGAUGAUUCAGUGAUGGAGUAA